CGAUUAUUUGGUGUAGUGGCGCCCUCUAAUGGACAAGAGUAAGACAGGAAACAUUUUGCCACGGACUUUUGUAGUUAAUGUCUGCUGUGCAUACAAAUACAAAUAAUAUAUCAUUCAUUCCAUGGAUUUAAAACUUUCUGUGUUCAUAAAUGUCAACACGACGAUUAUAUUCUUCUCUGUUACUGUCUCACACCGGUGUAAAGGUCUGUUGUCAAUGACUGUCUAUGGGAUACGUGUGUGUAAAUAAAGUUUUAAUGAAAGUGAACGUCAUCACGUUUAAAAGUGAACGUCAUCACGUUUAAAAGUGAACGUCAUCACGUUUCAGACGCGAUCUCUUCUGUGACCCAAUCAGUGUUGAGCAGUGUUGCCCUGCGUCUGCGGUCUACUCUUGUUUACAAGCGAAAAUGGAGCGGAGCCCGGAGGAGGACGACCUGGGCCCGGAGGAGACGGCGGCGGCACUUCUCGCUCCGGUUCUGAUCCUUGGGUCUCCUCCGGAGCUCGGGCUCCAGGUGUGUGAAUUCUUCCGGCUGCAGGUGACCGUCCUGCGGCGGCGGAGGCAGCGGGAGAUGCUGGAGAGGGAGCGGCGGCGGCGGCAGUACCUGCGGAGGAGGAGAGCCUUCCUGCUGUCCUCCCUGGCGGCGGCGCUCAGCCUCCUGUCCAGCACCAGCAGACCGAUCUGGGUCCGGGACCGCAGCCGCGGGCAGAACCUGUGGGCCACGGCCGAAGCCUUCGACGACGAGGAGUUUAAGGCGCAGUUUCGCGUGUCCCGCUCGACCUUCGACUACCUGCUCGAACUGAUCGGCCGCGCGAUUAAACGCCGCAAGACGAACUACCGCGUCCCCAUCGAGCCGCGCCGCCGGCUGGCCAUCACCCUGUGGUGGCUGGCCCGCUCCGGGGAGUACCGCUCCAUCGCCGACAUGUUCGGCGUGGGCAUCGCCACGGUGUGUAACAUCGUGCGCCAGGUCGCCACGACCAUCGUGGAGCGGCUCUUCCACCGCUUCGUGUCGCUCCCGAGCGGCCAGCGGCUGGACGACACCAUCCAGGCCUUCAAGGACCGCUGCUACCCGCAGUGUGCCGGGGUCAUCGGCGGCAUUCACGUCCCCAUCGCUGCUCCGAGGGAAAACCCGGACCACUACAUCAACCGGAGCGGCUGGCACUCCGUCAUCCUGCAGGCGGUGGUGGACCACAACGCGUGCUUCACAGACGUGUACGCCGGCUGGCCUGGGAGCAGCAGCAGUGCCACGGUUCUGUCCAGUUCUGACCUGUACCUGAAGGCAGAGGACCGGCCCGACGGUUACCUGUUCCCUCGAGAGCGGUCGAUCCUGUCCGACGGCGUGGAGAUCCCCGUUCACCUGAUCGGCGACGCAUCGUUCCCUCUGAAGCCGUGGCUGAUGAAGGGCUACAGCAAAGAGCAGCAGCUCUCCCCCGAGCAGCGCCGCUUCUCCUUCACCCUGUUCUCGGCCCGCUCGGCGGUGGACACCGCCUUCACACGCCUGAGAGGUCGAUGGAGGUGUCUGCUGAAGAAGAGCGACGUCAACAUCUCCAUGGUGCCCCGAGUGGUCGCGGCGUGCUGCGUCCUGCACAACAUCUGUGAGCUACGGGGGGACGGCUUCCUGCCCGAGUGGAACGUCGACAUGGCGCCCUCGGAAAAUUACCUGCGGCAGCCCGACAUGGAGCCGUACAACGCCGACACGUACUGCACCGCCGAGGUCAUCAGAGACACGCUCACUUACAACCUGCUGACUAUUCUGCAGUACUGAACACACAGACUUAAGGGUCACUUACACGCCCGGUGAUGAAACGUCAACGUCCAGUCCAAAUGGUCAGGUGCUGUGUUCCAUUUACGUCAGAGUUCGGAACUCUCAGAAGCGAGAACCACGGGCGCAAACGCAUCAAGUCAAUAACAACGUCAAAUCCACAGUAGUUUCCACAGACGGAGACAGUGUAGCGACAUUUUCCACGGAUGGAAAUGCAAAGUGUAACUAAAUCCAUCGACCAGGGGACACACGGCAGAGGGGGUUUCAAGGGUUCCCCCAGGUCCUUGAAAUCAUUGAAGGUUUGUGAAUUUGCAAAACAUAAAUGUCUUUUAAAAAGCACCCUUAAUAUACAUGGGUCUUUGAAAUCCUUAAAA